GUUUGAAAUGGAGCAGAGAGAGGCCAACAUGGCUGUACCUAUCUCUAAACGGGAAGCCGCUCAAGGCGGCAACGGCGACAUGGAGAAGCAGGGCGGCGACCCGCCAGGCGGCGCGCUCCCAUCAAAGGGGCCUGUUACUGUGCUGAGUGCAUCACAUGAGGAUAAACACAACAGUGACACGUGCUUGGAGCAUGAUGAAAUUAACAAAGCCCAUGGAAUAUUGUUUGAAGAAAAAAGAGAUCCCGAAGAUAUGGACGGUCAACAUCUAUAUGAGGAACAGGGGCCAAAAAUAGAUGAUGAUUUAACUGAAACUGAAGUGUCAGGUAAGAAAGAGUAUUGAAAGGAAACAAACUCGUAAGAUAAUACGAAAG